UUGCUGCAAAGAGGAUAUUACAGCUAAUUAGACUCACAGCUUUGGACAGAUCUCUGAAUAACCAAUAAGUUAUUUCUCAUGGAAGCGUACUAGUCAGCACUGCCUGCCUGCACCUUCAGUCGCAACGUCUGUGCAGCACACCAGACACCGAGGCUUCAGGCUCCAGCUGCCUGUUAUGACUUCUGGUCAAAGUCGCCCUAACUGAGACAGACACCCUUGGCUAGUGGCCAGGCUGCAGGACUGGGGAAGAAGAGGAGCUGCCGGGAACGGGCUGGCCGAGGGACCCUGAGAGAGCCACCAGCUCAGCCUGGAUUCCAGACACGCCAGUGGCCCAGCUUCAACCACACACACGAAGACAGUAUCUUACGGGAUAGCAGAGUAAUGAGAUACGAGGAAUCUGGGUCCCUGAAUGGCUGUGCAGCAGAGAUGCCUCACCCAUCUAGCAUGACUCUUGCAAGCCGGAUGCCCUCUGUGGAUGAAAGAUGUAUUAUGGAAUGAACCCGAGCCAUGGAGAUGGAUUUCUAGAGCAGCAGCAGCAGCCUCAGUCCCCCCAGAGACUCUUGGCCGUGAUCCUGUGGUUUCAGCUGGCGCUGUGCUUCGGCCCUGCACAGCUCACGGGCGGGUUCGAUGACCUUCAGGUGUGUGCUGACCCAGGCGUCCCCGAGAAUGGCUUCAGGACGCCCAGUGGAGGGGUUUUCUUUGAAAGCUCUGUCACCCGAUUUCAUUGCCAAGACGGAUUCAAGUUGAAGGGUUCUACAAAGAGACUGUGUAUAAAAUAUUUUAAUGGAACCUUAGGCUGGAUCCCAAGUGACAAACCCAUCUGCGUGCAAGAAGUUUGCCGCAUGCCUCAAAUUGAAGAUGCUGAGAUUCAUAACAAGACCUACAGACAUGGAGAUAAGCUGAUCGUCACGUGUCAGGAAGGAUUCAAAAUCCGUUACCCCGACCUGUACAACUUGGUUUCGUUAUGUCGCGAUGAUGGAACGUGGGACAAUCUGCCCAUCUGUCAAGGCUGCCUGAGACCACCGGCCUUUUCCAAUGGCUACGUAAACAUCUCUGAGUUCCAGACCUCCUUCCCAGUGGGAACGGUGAUCUCCUAUCACUGCUUUCCCGGGUUUAAACUCGAGGGGUCAGAAUAUCUCGAGUGCUUACAGAACCUUAUCUGGUCGUCCAGCCCACCCCGAUGCCUUGCUCUGGAAGCCCAAGUCUGCCCGCUGCCUCCAGUGGUGAGUCACGGCGAUUUCAUCUGCCACCCGCGGCCGUGCGAUCGCUACAAUCACGGAACCGUCGUGGAGUUCUACUGCGAUCCCGGCUACAGCCUCACCAGUGAUUACAAGUACAUCACCUGCCAGUACGGGGAGUGGUUCCCUUCCUAUCAAGUCUACUGCAUCAAGUCAGAGCAAACGUGGCCCAGCACCCACGAGACCCUCCUGACCACGUGGAAGAUCGUAGCGUUCACGGCCACCAGCGUGCUGCUUGUACUGCUGCUCGUCAUCCUGGCCAGGAUGUUCCAGACCAAGUUCAAGGCCCACUUCCCCCCCAGGGGGCCCCCCAGGAGUUCCAGCAGCGACCCUGACUUCGUGGUGGUGGACGGAGUGCCCGUCAUGCUCCCGUCCUACGACGAGGCUGUGAGUGGCGGCUUGAGUGCCUUAGGCCCCGGGUACCUGGCUUCUGUGGGCCAGGGCUGCCCUUUACCUGUGGAUGACCAGAGCCCCCCAGCAUACCCCGGCUCGGGGGACACAGACAUGGGCCCAGGGGAGUCAGAAACCUGUGACAGCGUCUCGGGCUCUUCCGAGCUACUCCAGAGUCUAUAUUCAUCUCCCAUGUGCCAAGGGGGCGCCCGCCCCGCUUCCGACAACCCCGACACAAUUGCCAGCACGGCGGGGGAGGUGGCAUCCACCAGCCCAGGCAUCGACAUUGCGGAUGAGAUCCCGCUAAUGGAAGAAGGUCCAUAGCCAGGCCAAGUCUCAAUGAUUCUACGGGCCGUUUGGGAACCUCCUACCUUGGAGUGAGACAACAGAAAGACAGCGCGUGGGGGAUGGGGAAGUGUUUUAACUUAUCUACAUGGGGACAGUGACUCACAUCGUACAUCACAGACUCAACAGUGGGUGACAAACACUGACAAACUGCUGUGGCAGCUCUUUUAAAUGGGACCUGAGGUUUUGCCAAGACCAAUGGGAAAUACAGAGAUGAGGGAAACCCCGGUGUGGUACUGGAUGAAGAUGUCAAGUGUGUCUCGUGCUGGGGAACGUGAGACAGUUCCACGCACACGCCACUGAAUCCUGCGCCCCGUUGACUUCUAUCAUGAGUACUACCUGCCUCCUCAGAAAGCAUGUCACAUUGUGUAAAUUCGCUUCUAAAAUCUGCUUCAACCUGUCUCUGGACUCCAAAUUAGGACGGAUCCGCCUCUGCGGGAAGUCUAGGGUGAGCUGCAGGAAGAGCAGGAGAGCGGCCCCUCAGAGGCUCUCAGAGGGAAGGUCCUCGUGCGACUUCUGGACAAUUCUACUCACGAGCAAGACGAAAGCAGGAUGCGGCAGUUCCAGCGAGAAAAGAAAAAGACUCAGGCAGACUCUGCUUUUUGGAAAUUUCUUCAAAAAGUAGAGUUCGUGUACUUCGUGCUGCCCUUUGGCGAAAUAGCGUCUGUAUUUGUGUUCAUGGUCUAGCACCUGGAUCGUGACAUUGGAUAAAUCUUGUGACUUUACAAAUGGUCAGAAUGUGUUCAAAUACAUCUCAUGGUGGAGAAAGUGACCAAGGUAAUGUUUGGUUUCGGCAUUUUAAAAAGAUUCCAUUUGAUAAUUUAUCUCUGAGUCAUGAGCCCUCUCCAGUGAACUAUUAUAAGUGUGGCCCUCACUCCCAAACUCAGCUAUAUUUUAUUUUCCAAAACAGAAAUUGUUUCUGUAAAUGCAUUCCUCUUCCAAAUAAAGUAUGAGGUUGGAUUUUUUUUUUUUUCCUUUUAUUUUGUUUGGUGAAGUCUGCAGGCUAGCCUCCCAGCCCCAAAAUGUCUCUGCCCUCCUACUUCUGGGGCUGCCUCCCCUUUCUGCCAAUCCUGCAUUCCUACGGUGCGGUCUGCCGGGUCUCACUGGGUAUGGUUCCUAAGAAAAUGAAUGGUUGAAAAAAAAAUUUUUUCCCCGAGUCCUGAAGUGUUUCUUCCAAUACAUGUUGAUCUGUGGAGUUGAUUUGUUUCUUCCUCUGGGUUUUAGACGAAUAUAAACAAAACUCUGAUCCAUAAAAUUGCUAUGUGCUGAUAGAGUUGUGAGAACUGGAAGCGUGAUCAAAUCCUGGUUUUUUUUUUUCUUAACACAGACUGAUUAAAAAUU